CUGGAAGUCCGUAUUGUGUGGGAUGGUCUCCACUCCCUGCUAGUCUUCACUUCAGGCUUUUACUUGCAGUCCAUGGCCUCGUUAAAGAUGAGGCGAGCUGAGAAGGGGUCUUCGAAAACACUUUCCUCAUUGGCGGGAAAAAGAAGAAAAAAAUGAGCUCCUCGGCGAUAGAGGCAGAUACAUCCGAUCUGGUGUGCCAACUCGACAACGUCCAAGGCAUUGUCGACGCCCUCUCCACCGUCCGAUGGAAACGUCAUCAGGACGCAGUUGUUGAAUUAUCGGAACACGGUGUCGUUUUGAUUGUUGAAGAAACCGGCUGUCUUCAAGCCAAAGUUUAUCUUCAAAAAGAGCUUUUUAUUAGAUAUGAAUAUACUGCUCAAGGGCGGCCUCGAUUUGGAUUGAGCUUGGGGCUUUUUGUCGAUUGCUUGAACACAUUUUCGGUUCCUGGGCAUUCCAGCACUAUUGAAAUUCGAUACCCUGGACCAGACAUGCAGCUCCUAAUCAAGUCUGCUGAUUCACUAGAUGACUGCAUUUACGCGGAAAUCAGGACUAGAAUCCCAGAGACAAUUUCAUGGGACUACAACUUUGAACCUGCAGGAAGCACACCGCUUAGCUUCACUGUCAAGUCUGCAGCGCUGAAGGAAGCUAUUGAUGAUCUUGAAUGGCCAGGAUCUAGCAUCCAGAUCAUACUAAAACCAGUACCCCCUUCUGUUACCUUCAGAGGAGAAGGCCAUGGAGACUUACAGAUAGACUUCAUGUAUUAUGCAAACACUGAUCUGCUAAUUGCAUUUCACUGUGAUCACCAAGUCUCUUACCGGUAUAAAUACAAGUUCCUUCGAGCCACAACUUCUAACAUACCCAGUAGUGUCACUAAAGACAACAGAGGAAGCAAGUUGACCAUUGGAAGAGGUGGAAUGUUGAAAGUUCAGCAUCUGGUUUCUGUUGCAAGACCAUCUACUUCACAUCAACACAUUGAUUCUGCUGGCUAUCAGCAACCCAGUCGAAUUGCUUAUAUUGAGUUCUUUGUGAAGCCAGAGGAAGACGAAGACACCGUAAAUGAUUGAUUGGCUGUUGUUCUAUAUGUCCUUUACAUCCUUCACUUACUGCAUAAUAGCUGCAAAUCAAUGGCCUGUUUCUUUAGCGUUAGAAGAUUGAAAGGUCACAUCCUGAGCUUUAUGGUUCAAGAAAUACUCAUAAAAAUUAGUUAAAACC